GCUUUGAGUUGUUUAUAAUUAGCAACUUCUGGUAGAGACAUUUUUCUCCCCACGGCGAAAUGGCUGAGAAAUUGGCACCGGAAAAGCGCCACAAUUUCGUCCACAAUGGGCAGAAGGUGUUCGAGUGGGACCAAACCCUAGACGAAGUAAACAUCUACAUCGAUCUGCCUCCAAAAGUCCCCAAGAACCUCUUCCACGCUAAAAUCCAAUCGAAGCAUCUUGAAGUCGCAAUCAAGGGGAACCCGCCGUAUCUCAAUCAUGAUCUCCCUGCUGCAGUGAAGACAGAUUCUUCAUUUUGGACUAUCGAAGAUGAGAUAUUGCAUAUUACACUGCAGAAAAGAGAUAAAGGAAACACUUGGGCAUCCCCAAUUCUUGGACAGGGUGGGUUAGAUCCUUAUUCAGCAGAUCUUGAGCAAAAACGCCUGAUGCUGCAGAGGUUCCAAGAAGAGAAUCCAGGGUUUGAUUUCUCUCAGGCCCAGUUUUCAGGGACCUGCCCAGAUCCUCAGACAUUCAUGGGUGGUAUUCGCUCGGACUGAACAGCACUUAUCACCGAAACGCCACUAGCUUCUGAUAUCAAGCAUGUUAGUGGAUUAAAAAUCUUAUUUAUAUCCUCUCUAAUGUCUGUACAUGUGUUAUUGUAAACUAUUCAUACACUUGUCUGUUGAUUCUGAUACAUUGUGACAAUUUCUUGUAGUCGCUUGCUCAUUUGAUAAUGUGCUGAAAAGUCCACCGUUUAAGUUUUUUC